CGAAAGUCACGCCCGUCAAGUUUCUCACUAGUUCGUUACUCAACAAUUUAGAUAGAAUCACAAGCAAUCACCUUUUUUUUUUUUUUUUUUUGGUUUAAAUCGGCGAUAACAGAGCAACGUACAAUUUUCCGGCGAAAAGUCGCCGGAAUCUGAGAUCGCUUGAUGAAUAACAUGAAGAACAGAGGAACUAAGAAGAGCUUGAAAAUCGGAGAAUCAGAGCAUACUGAAUCCGAAAUGAAGGAGAAGAAGUUGAAGCGUAGUAGAUUGAUGAAGUUUGAAGAAUUACCUGUGUAUCUUCAAGAUAAUGAGUUUAUUAGAGAUUAUUAUCGGUGUGAAUGGCCUCUUAAGGAUAUUGCUCUUAGCAUCUUCUCUUGGCACAAUGAGACUCUUAAUAUUUGGACGCAUUUGGGAGGUUUUUUAAUAUUCAUCACGCUGAUGAUAAUGAGCUUGACGGAGAAGACAGCAAUGGAGACUCUGCUUCCUGGUUUCUCGAGACCGGCGGGUGAGGGAAGGUGGAUGUCGAUGAAGAAAAAUGGGACAGCUGAUUAUUUUCCGGAUUCUUAUACAAGUCAGAUCUCAAACCCCUCAUUUCUAGGUGCAUAUGGAGAUGGUUAUGAAGUUGCCAUAUGGCCUUGGUUUGUUUUCUUAGGAGGGGCUAUGAUCUGUUUAGUCUUCAGCUCUGUCUCUCACCUUUUCGCUUGCCACUCGCAUAAAUUUACCGUCUUCUUCUGGCGUCUUGAUUACUCUGGGAUUUCUAUCAUGAUCAUCUGCUCUUUCUUCGCUCCCAUAUAUUACACUUUCUGCUGUCAACCGUGCUGGCGUUUCUUUUACCUAACAUCCAUUACUAUAGUCGGUAUCCUUGUCAUUAUCACACUUUUCGCCCCGGCUCUCACCUCUGGUAAAUUCAGAUCAUUCAGGGCUGCUUUGUUUCUUGCUAUGGGUUUCUCAGGUGUAAUUCCAGCAGCACAUGCUGUUUCCCUUUACUUUCAUCAUCCACAAGUACUGGUGGCUCUAGUCUACGAGAUCGCCAUGGGACUUUUGUAUGCUGCUGGAGCAGUGUUCUACGUUACAAGGUUUCCAGAGAGAUGGAAACCUGGUGCGUUUGACCUUGUAGGACAGAGCCAUCAAAUCUUCCAUGUACUCGUUGUUGCAGCAGCCUUCGCGCAUAGUGUAGCAACUCUUGUUAUUAUGGACUGGCGUCGAGGAUUGCCACCGUGCAAUGCAGGUAUUCUUGGAUAGAAAAUACAUCUCAAAUGACAUUGCCAACUCAGGAACUUCAUUACUCUAGCUCCUAGCACGAACAUGAAUUAGAAAGAUAUCACUAUGUUGAUUACCAAUUAGAUGCUUCACCAUUUCUAUUAGGAGUAGUUUACGUGCACGGUGCAUUAAUAUAAUAACAUUGAUAAUUCUCAUACUGUUGUCUUUGUAUCUUACUAAAACAUAUAUGUCCGUUGUGCCAUGGAUUCUUAUGAGUCCAUAUAUACGUGAUAUUUUGAUGCCUA